AUGGUAAUACCCCGCGAUCCGAAUUGCUCCGGGGAGACCAAAGACCACCUACGCAAGUUUCGCUUAACUACAUCAAGAGCCAGUGGGCCACAAGCUGUGAUCUAUUAUAUCGACAAGAAAACGUAUGAGAUUAAGCAAGAUGAAGAUAAGGUAGUAUACAAGUCUCUCGACGAAAUUGCCGACGACCUGCCUGAUAAUUCGCCGCGCUAUAUUAUUCUAAGCUACCCUUUGACUCUGCCAUCCGGCCGCCUGUCUGUGCCCUACGUCCUCCUAUAUUACCUACCGAAUACGUGUAAUUCGGAGAGUCGCAUGAUGUAUGCCGGAGCGAAGGAGCUCUUGAGGAAUACGGCCGAGGUCGGCAAGGUUAUUGAUAUGGAGAGCCCGGAGGAUUUAGAAGAUAUCCCCAAUAAGUUGAGCACCGAAUAG